AUGGCACUGGGUACAAAUGCUGACUCCAUCGAGCCAAAGAACGGUUCGCGAGAUAGCUCGGAAUCAGUAACGCAAGACACGAUGCAGAUCGAUGUGGAAACCCGUUCGAAUGCUAACGGAAAGGUAAUUGGCAAAGAUGGUAACGGUGAAAAUGGAACAGCAGUGCUGUCCAGACGAUUUCCUGCUCGAGAAGCUAGAACUAAGGCAUUGAAGUCAUUAGCUGAGCCAUUCAAUUUUGUGAGAAUUGAGUCCCCGUCGCCAUCCAGAGAUAAACCGAGAGGGAAGUCGAAAUCGAGGUCCAAAUCACCUGCUAAAUCUGCCCACGAUGAGCAGGAGGGAAAGGAAGAGGAUUUGAAAUUGAAACCCGUUAGUAUUACAAAACCAGGCACUUUCACUGAGCCUGAGUUGGCUACUCCCUCUCUUGCAUACACUGGGCUACCACUCGAGUCUUUUCCUAACGCAAAGAUAAAAAAAGACUCUUUAUGGAGUUUGAACAGGAAAAAGCAAUUGCAGAUACUAAAAAGAAGAAAACCCAACGGCAACGAUGCGGUUUCCAAUGGUGUUGGUUCCGAGUCCGUUUCUUCGACUGGAGACUCAGAGUCGGAGUUAAAUUCAUCAAAUAUAGACAAUGUGCUGCCCAGCCCUCCACCUGAAGAUAAAUAUGUACCUCUAUUGCGGACAACUCAAUCUGACUCGCUUACUAGUCCGAGUGAUAUACGAGCUCCAAUAAGACCAAGAAGGAAUAAAUCAUCUCUUCAAACCCCAAAGCAACCUAAGAAAAAUACUAGCACUAAUAACCAAAUCUCAUACACUAGAACUUUGCUGGGAGGAGACGCUAGAGAUGAACACAAAAUUAAAAGAAUAAAGGUGAUAUCACCUAAAAAACAACCGAGUACAAAUCUUGCUCCCAAUAACUCAAAUAAUACUAGCAAUGUUACUACAAGUAGGAAGCUGGGGCAAGCAGAGGAUGUACCGCAGGUAGAUUCGGAUGACUCUACUAAGGACAAUGAUGAUUUCUGUACAACAUGUGGUGGACCUGGUGUCUUCAUUUGCUGUGAUACAUGUCCCAAAUCAUUCCAUUUUACUUGCUGCGAACCUCCACUCGAAGAAUGUCCUGAGGAUAAUUGGAAUUGUUUGGAGUGUUUGUCUAAACAAGUCAGGAGUAAAACAAAUGGCAAAGCACCUGCUCCAGUAACAAUAUUUUCUCAAUUACUUAAGCAACAAAGUUACAGAAAUCCAAAAGAAUUUAGGCUACCUCUGAAUAUAAGAAACCAUACUUUCAUUGGGGUUUGCACAGGAGAAAAUGGUGAAUACAAGGAUAGCACUUUAAAGCCUGAGCUCACAGUUAGACAGCGCCAACAGCAAUCGAACCAAAUACAAGGCUACAACUAUAAUCGUGAUCUUGCAAUCGAUAGCCUCUAUGAUAAUAAUGGGAAGCCUUACUUGUGCCAUCGUUGUGGAAUGUCUGGGUCGGACGGUAAGGUGAUUUCCCACUGUGACUAUUGUCCACUUACCUGGCAUAUAGACUGUCUUGAUCCUCCCUUACUUGCUCCAAAGACUUUAGGGAGCAAAUGGAAGUGCCCAAACCAUGUAGAUGACUUGAUGAUGCUUGGGUUGGCUUCCAAAUGUAGACAGCUCAUGUCUCUGCUGGUGAUAGAUGUUUCACUUCAAAAUCAAUUUCUUAAGAUUGCAAAUGCCAAUAACUUUGUAAUCAAGCAAGUUGAUCAACCUUACAUAAAAGAUGAGACUGAUGUCAAAUUGAAACUAUACGUAGAAGAUGAAGCUGAAAAAUUAAAGGUGUCAAUUGAUGAUGCUGACUCGGAAAUUCAUCCAAACUAUGUGGUGCCAGAUUAUUUCCAAAAUUCAGUGGCUACUCCGACUGGCAUAAGUGCAAAUGCAAACCCAAAACUUUCACGGAUUUUAGGAUCAAACUCCACCGGGUUGUUUGUGUACAGAGUUCCUGAAGAACUGAUCUUACUUGAUUUCAUUUGGAAAUCUAAAGAGGAAAGUAAACAGAAUACUAAACGAAGCAUCUUAGACACAAUUGAAGAUUAUGAGGUUAAUAGUCGACUAGAAACAAAUCCAGAUGAAGCAAUGGUCGUUGAUAGUCUAUUCCUGAUAAAGAAUAAAGUCCCCAAUAAUGAACUAAACUUGGAUGAGCUUAUCAAGGUAGCGCUAGCUGAUAAGGUUAAGUUGGAGAGAGAUGAUAGUGAGAAUAACGUCAAAUUUAAAGAUAAUAUAGACCUGGAAGAAUACGAAGAAUUGUUAAAGGUAAAACAGUUGAUGGAAAUAAAAGGCAGAGAUGCGUUAAUGAAGUUCUUACGAGGAUAG